GAGAUCAUGGGCUUCAGCGCGGCUGGGGAGCAGGUGGUGGUCGACCGGCCAGGAGCUGUCACCGCGGCCUCCCGCAACGUGGCCUGGCAGCAGAUUGUGAGCCAGUCUAGCCAGCUGGUGACGUUCAUUGACCUGUGCGGUCACGAAAAGUACCUGAAGACCACCAUCUUCGGACUUGUCGGCCUUUGCCCGGACUACGCGAUGGUCAUCGUGAACGCCAACGCGGGCUUCCAGAAGAUGUCUCGUGAGCAUCUCGGCAUAGCGUUGGCGUUGAAGAUACCGUUCAUAUUCGUGGUGACGAAGAUCGACAUCGCUCCCACGAAUGUGUACGAGGAGAACCUCGAGAUGCUCAGCAGGAUCGUGAAAUCCAAGGCGGUCGGGAAGAUCCCCUUGAAGCUGCAGCGGGAGGAGGACCUGGGCCCCGCGGCGGAGGGCUUGGAGUCCGACCGGGUCUGCCCGAUCUUCUGCAUCUCGAGCGUCACGGGCGAGGGCCUGCCCCUCCUGAAGUCCUUCAUGCAGAGGUCCAUACCACAUGCCCCGCAGAUGGUGACCCGAUCGCCGCGCACUCCAUAUGCCAGCCCCGGCGCCCAGCUUGCGCGGGCGGUGCCGCUGUGCCUCGCGGCCGCGUGCACGGCCGUCGCCCUCGAUCCCGCGCGGGGCCACGGAGCCGGCGCGGCAGCCCUCGACGUCGCGCUAGUGCAGGUCGGACUGGCUGCCGAGGGCCAGCAGCGAGGCCACCAGCGGCAGCAGCGCUCGUCGGCGGGCGCCGCGGACCGCAGCUGGAGCCGGCACCGGCCCUCCGCCGAGGCCGCAGCCGUGGCCCAGCCCUCCGCCGCGGCCCAGCCCUCCGCUGUGGCCCAGCCCGCCACCGCCGCCGCGGCCCAGCCUGCCGCGGGCGCGGACGCGCAGGGCGUCGGGGCGCAGGGGGGCCAAGAGAAGGCGGCGGCCGCGGUGGCGGCAGAGGAGCGCCAGCGGCAGCUCCAGGAGAUGGUGGGGAUCCUCGCGGCGAAGAGCGAGCUGCGGUCGGUCUGGGCGAUGCCCAGGGAGCAGUUGGCGCAAAGGGGGGCGCACAGGGGCCGCGGACUGCUGACCGCGGACGAGCAGAUCCUGCGCCUCGGAGGCGGCCAGCUGCUGCAGCAGCAGGACCUUGCGGAGCAGCAGCACCGGAACUUGCACCGGCUGGUGGAGGAGGAGCAGAGGGCCGUGGAGGCCGAGGACCCCUCAGAGCAGCCGGUGGUGAUCAGCGACGUCGAGUCCGACUCGAGCGCAGAGGGCGAUUCGGAGCCGGUGGAGACCGCUGCGGCCGACGGGGCGGGCACCGCCAGCGCCACCGAGGAGGAGGACCAGGAGCAGCCAGAGGCCGACCAGCAGCAGGCGACCGAGGAGCAGGCUGCGGUGGAGCAGCCGCCGGCCAGCCCAGCCCAGGCGGCGGCGGCGCCGCCGCCGCCCGUGCACACGCCGCCGGCCGCACCGGCGCAGCCCGAGGGCGUGCCGCGUGUCGCCGCCGCCCCCGCGGCCAGUGUGGACGGCACGUCGGAGGCCUCGGCUGCGCGCCAGGGCGGCGCGUCGCAGGAGGGGUCCGUGAUGCGGGCCGCGGCCUGGAGGGCGCUGGCAGAGGAGCUCUUGGCCCAGGGGCGCCCGCAGCGCGCGCGGGCGGACACAGCCGGCGGCGAGGCCGAGCAGACGGGCGCGGUCACCCCUGGCGAGCUGGAGGCCGGCCUCACAGCCGAUGGCAGCGGCUGGGCGGACGUGUGUGAGGACGACCUGGGCUGCUCCCUCAACGGGGAGUGCAGGGAGGGCAGGUGCGUGUGCGACGCGGCGUGGUCAGGCAGCGCCAACUGCUCCGUGCUGGCGCUGCUGCCGGCGAAGCGGCGCGCCGGGUAUGGGGCCAUCAACUCGAGCACCUCCUCCUGGGGAGCAGGUGUCGUGUACGACCCCGUCGGCAAGAGGUUCGUCAUGAUCGCGGAGGAGAUGGACAUGGGCUGCGGCCUGCAGACCUGGAACCUAAAUUCCCGGUGCAUCGUUGCGGACUCCCCGACCGUGGACGGGGAGUACGCCUUCCGCGGCGUUGUCGUCGACGCGUGGGCGCACUCCUGCGCCCCAGCGAGGGACCCCGUGUCUGGCAUCUGGGUCGUCUCGCACUUGGGCGCGGGCGACUCCAGCCGGCUGCCCCGGAACCAGACCAUGGCGUCGCGCUGCUCCGCGAGCAGCGCCAGCGCCUGCACCGCCGGGCCCGGCCAGAGGGAGCACUGCGCCCUGCGGCAGAACUCCCGGGGCUCCAUGGAGUGCUCUGUCCGAGGCUGCACCGGCGGCUGCUCGGGGGGGACCACGCCCGCACUCGGCGAGCCGAGGGCGGUCGUGCCGUGCAGCGGUGGAGGCAACGCCUUCAACGAGUCCGUCACCGCCGGCUCCCCGUACGGCCCCUGGCAGGCGUCCAGGCGGCUGCACUUUGGGCUGCACGGAGGCACGGACCCGUGGUUCUUGCCGAACGGCACGCUCCUCUCGAUCACGAGCUCUGGGCUGGCGCUCGGCGCCGCGCACGGCGUGCGCCGCGAGGGGCCGAGGGCCAAUCGGCCCAGCAUCCUGCGCGCGGAGUCCCUCGCAGAGGCGAGGGAGGGCGGCUGGGUCAGGCUGCCGUGGCGCAGCGUGCUGGCGGGGAGCGGGCACGAGUUCAGCAGCGACGAGUCCGCCUGGCCGCAGGUGCACUGGGAGGACCACCACAUCUUCACGGACAGGCGCGGCAACUACCACAUCCUCGCCCACGCCCGGAGCGGCCCGCUCCCGGCCUGCUCCGCCGCCUCGGCCGCGGCCUCGCCGGCGUGCGGGGCCCGCAUCGGCCACGCCUUCUCCCGCAACGCGGAGGACUGGCACGUCAGCCCGGUCGCGGCCGCCACCGCGGAGAGCACCUUCGAGGACGGCGAGACGGUGCGGUGGCGGGCCCGCGAGCGCCCCCGCGUGGUGCAGGACGGCCGGGGCCACCUCGUCGCGCUUGUGACGGGCGUGGGCGACCCGCACUGCGGGGGAGCCAACGCGGGCGUGGCCGGGUGCGACCACACCUUCACGCUCGUGGAGCGCGUGAGGGCCGGGCCCGCAGCGUGA